CAUGACGGCGGUGACGUUGAGCGCAUAGUUUGUGUGUGAGAUCCUGAAACGAUGAUGAUGAUGAUGUGUGAAGCUCAUCUUCGGUGAUCCUCGAGAAAUCUCCAGCGGAACUCAGCUUCAUUCAACGGUUGAAUGUUUCCCGGUGGGAUGUCAACACGCUGGGCUUGAUUAUAUGGUUUUUCGGGGCGGUUUUCAGAACCAGGACAAGGCCGGUGAUGGUCGGGCUUCAAGCCGGAGAGAGAGACCGAGGAGAGGCUGAGAUUUCUGCGCUCCUUCGUUUAGAGCUGAUUCCUGGUGUGCAGACUCAUCAGAGUACACGACACACACACCGUAAGAUAAUCAUCUGUUGAUAAAACAUCCUCCAGAUGAGCAGCAGAAGAUCAUGGCUUCAGCUGAGCAACUAGACAUGGAGGUGAUGACGCCGCUGAUGGAGAAAGCAGAAGGUGAAGAAGAGGAGGAGGAUGAGAAUGUAGAUGGUGAUGAAGAUUCCAAGCAUCUUCCUCAAGGCAUCACGUUUACUCAAACUCUGCUGCAUCUUUUAAAAGGGAACAUCGGCACAGGAUUGCUCGGGCUUCCUCUAGCAGUGAAGAAUGCUGGCAUAGUGUUGGGUCCGGUUAGUCUGGUUCUGAUGGGUGUAGUGUGUGUCCACUGCAUGCACAUCCUGGUCAACUGCAGCCAUCAGCUGAGUGAGCGGUUGAAGCGUUCUCCCCUUGGUUACAGUGAAACAGUUGCUGCUGCUAUGGAGUUGAGUUCCUCCCAGUGCCUGAGGAGAAGUGCUCAUUUUGGAAGGCACUUGGUGAAUUUCUUCCUGGUUUUGACCCAGCUGGGCUUCUGUAGUGUUUAUUUCGUAUUUCUGGCUGAAAACAUUAAACAGGUUAUGGAGGGCACUCAUAUGAACUCGACGGCAGAAACUGUGCUGUUAUCCUCCAACAGCUCAGAAGCGAGUGUCGCCUCUUCUGUCGCAAUAGAUCUGCGCCUCUACAUGGUCUUCCUCCUUCCCUUCAUCAUUGUGCUGACCUUCAUCAGAGACCUGCGCAAUAUGGCCGCUCUGUCCGCCAUCGCCAACCUCUGUAUGGCCAUCAGCCUCAUCUUCAUCUUCUCUUAUAUACUCAAUGAUUUGAGUGAUCCCAGACGUCUGCCAUACGCCUCCACAUGGAGAAAGUUCCCCUUCUUCUUCGGCACAGCCAUAUUUGCCUUUGAGGGAAUCGGAGUGGUUCUUCCAUUAGAGAAUCAAAUGAGGGAGCCCAAGCGAUUCCCUCAGGCCCUCAACAUUGGCAUGGGCUUCAUCAUCGUCCUUUAUGUAACGCUGGCCACUCUGGGCUACCUGCGCUUCAGAGAUGACAUCAAAGGCAGCAUCACGCUAAACCUUCCACACGACUCCUGGUCCAAUCAGCUGGUGAAGGUCUUGUACUCUUUCGGAGUGUUUGUGAGUUUUGCAGUGCAGUUUUUCGUGCCGGCAGAGAUUCUGCUUCCGCCGAUGUGUGAACGAGUCCGAAAGAGCUGGAGACGAGUGGCUGAUCUUAGCCUUAGAGCACUGCUCGUCUGCCUCACCUGUGUAACAGCAGUGUUGAUCCCGCGGUUGGACCUGGUGAUCUCUCUGGUGGGUGCAGUGAGCAGCUCAGCAUUAGCGCUGGUUUUCCCUCCUCUGGUGGAGCUGAUAGCGUUUCCCAGUCAGCCUCCUCCACCAAUGCUGCUCCUCAAAGACAUCUCCAUCGCCGCUCUCGGCUUCAUCGGCUUCCUCACGGGAACUUACGUGACGGUGGAGGAGAUCAUUUAUCCAGACGUCCAAGGACAGAUCCGUCUCCAUGAUGACGGGAACUGGACCACACCCACUACCUCAACACCCUGAAGACCACGCCCACAAAUGAAGGACCAAUCAAAUUCCAUGUAUAAACAGGAUGCUGCCAUUUUUGUAACACCAUAACAACAGAAACUUCUUCCUAUAGCUACGUUUUACAAUCCCAGUAGUCACACUCCUCAGCUCUGCCCAUUUCAUUUAACGUCGGACCUGUAUUCUAAUUCAACAACAAGUGCCCUGUAAAGUGGACUCCGCAGGAUGUUCAGCCAUAAUUUCAGGGAGCAUGUAAAUGUUUCUUUCGUAUUGCAUUUGAGCGUGUGAGAUCGGAAUUUAUAUUGGAUUUAUUUAUGGAAAUAUAAUAGCUCUUCUCGAGUAUAGCGCUGCAGUGUGAAUCUGUGAAUGAGCAUUCUGAAGUGAAAUAAAGGUUGCUUAAGCGUUGGGAGAGUAUAAUGGAGAAAGGACUAGAGAACAGUGCACACUGCUUAGGGAUCUCAAGCCACGUUCACACUGCACUUUUUGCCCCAUAGACUGAAUUUUUUUUUUUUUCGUCUUUAAAACUUAAUUCUCAAAGCACUUUACACUUAAAAAUACAACGAUAGCAGAAAAUAAAGAGUAAUGCAGAAGAUAAAAAUUAUAUAUAUAAAAAUUAGGACAAGUCAGAAACAUUGUAACCAUAAAACCGAUCAAAAAUCACGUCACAAAUCAUGUCUAAAAAAUAAAUAAAUAAAAUUCUUCAGGGAUACUUAAAAUUUCUUAAGAUUUUUACAUUACAUUCUUUAAAAGACUUGGAUUCAUAUUCAUGCAAAUGCUGUAGAUCUGAAACACAAGCUUGUGCGACAAGUUUCGCUUGUCACUGUAUUCCCAACCUGCGAAAUUGCAUCACUUGAUUGUAUGAGACCAAUAGAAGUUCAAAACGUGACCUUUCUGUACAGAAAUGUUAUAUAUGGAGCAAUCACUCGCUUUAUCAAUGUCUAAUCAUCUUGUUUUAUCCAGCCUGUUUUUAUAGUACCAUACGAUAGACUUUCAGCAAGCUCAAACUCUACAGUAAUGUUAUCAAAAGUUUUGAUUUCGGUACUGACAUUUUUUUUAAACGCAAACAUUUCAACAAUGUUGAGCAAGUUCUUAGAUGCCGCUAAUUGGCUAUUGUGUUUAUAUGCUCAACAGAAUGACUGUGAUUGGCCGUGAAGGUAAUCUGUUUACCACUCUUCAUUGCUGGUCACCAAGUGCAAACAUACAUGGACACUGGAACAGCUUCGAAGGUAGUGUUGAGGCUUCGAAUCGUUUCAAAACCCGACUACAAUGACAUCUAGUGGUCAUUUUUUAUGUAUUGACCUUAAACAACUUCAACCAACUUUAAUAUAAUGAUUUUGGUACUGAAAUAUUCAGUAAUUUGACAACACUAAACCAGUGGUAGGCCAAGCGCCGCAUUGUGAAACACUGAAAGUCAAAGCAAAUGUGUUGAGGCUUUGAAUUGUUUCAAAACCUGACUCUAUAGUGAAAUUGUGUUAAUUUUUUUGAAGUAUUGCCCUUAAACAACUUUACUAUAUUGAUUUCGGUACUGAAAUGUUUUUUAAAAAGUCAAUUUCCCCCAAACAAUUAAGCACUGUUGAGCAAGUUCUUAAACACCACUGAUUGGACAUUGAGUUUACCUGCUCAACAGAAAUGACUGUGAUUGGCUUUGAAGCUCAUCGGUUCACAACUCCUCAUCGCUGGUCAGAGUUUCAAUAUAGAUAAACGGACACUUGAACGUUUCAAAGCCAUGUAGGUACUUCUGACAACACUGUCCAGCACUACUCUAGAGUAGAGUAAGGCUUCAUGAACCACUGAAACAAUCAAAGCAAAUGUGUCAAGGCUUCAAAAUGUUUCAAAACCCAACUCGACAAUGACAUCUAGGGGUCUUUUUUUAUUGCCCCUAAACAACUUCAAUAUAUCGAGUUCGGUACUUUUGACAACACUAAACUAGUGGUAGGCAGAGCGACGCAUCGUGAAACACAUAAAUAGUCGAAGAAAAUGUGUCGAGGCUUCGAAACCGACUCUACAGUGACACCUAGUGGUAUUUUAAAAAGAAUAUUGCUCAAACAAUUUCAACAAAGAAACAGUUAUGCGAAUUAAGCAAUUAAAGCCCCUGUUGUUUCAACAAGACACCAAUAAAUUUAGUGGAGUGGUUAGUGUUCUUAACUGGCGUGCAGACGUAUUGGGUUCGAAUCUAGAUAAAGCAAUCAUGGUAAUUAAAAGUUUGUUAUUUUAUUGCUCCGUUCUUGUGUGUUUUGUUUUAACAUCAGUCUGGAUGAACUCAAUCCGAAUGAACUCUGCAAAUAAAUAUGUGUUGUUUUGGUCAUAAAAAGUCUACAUGAAUACAAGACAAUAAGUCACGAUUUCUGAAUGCUUGUACAACUGGGAUUCAAACUCAGGUCACUCACAGCACAGGUGCAUUAUACACGCAUACACAGUCCUCUUAACAACUGUUUCCCAACCCUGUUCCUGGAGGCACACCAACAAGACAUGUUUUGGAUGUAUCUCUUAUCUGACCCAUUAACUUCAGCUUUUGGAGUCUCUUACAUUCAGAUGAGUUGAUUCAGGUGUGUUUGAUUAGGAAGAGGUUGGAAAAUGUGUACUGCUGGUGUGCCUUCAGCAACAGGGUUGGGAAACACUGCACUAAGUUACAGGAGAUGGUGGUUUUGCUUCAGACCCCAUCACUGAAACACAGAUUUGCCAGGUCAAUCCUUUGAAUCGCUUUAAUCACAUGACCUGGGUGUUUUGAAACAUCUGAGCAGGGUUUGGAAGGCUCUGCGGCUUGGGAUCUCUUCAGUCAGAACACACAUGGAUCUCUUCUAACAUACUGGAUAUCCGAAUUAGCUGUGUUAAAUCAAGGAGACAUGCACAAUAUGCAGAUUGAAGUGGGGUGUGAGGACAGGGAUUGAAAAACGAUGUUCUAUAGGAAGUGAGUGACUGCUGCUCUGGGAUGGAGAACUUGUCUUUGCUGGCUUGAGGUGCUUUUUUAUUGCUCAAUUUGUUUUCCAUUCCACAUGCACAUGCCCAAGGUGUGCUGCUGUAGCAUGGACGUGUGUGUGCGGGAGUGAGUGAUGGUGUGUAUGAAGAAUAUUAUUCUCCGCACAGCCGUAUGGACUUCCCAUGACUCCACCCCUGUUCCUCGAUGGAAUGGCUUUUACUCCAUCGGGUCGCUGGACCGUAUAGCAUGACAAGCCGUCAGCAUUAAACACUGCGGGAGAGCGCCAGAGAAAUAUUGCACACUGUAAAGAAUGUACGUUCCCGCUGACUAGAGCUGUUAUUAAUAAACUAAUCAUUCCUCCUGA